AAAAAUGUUUAGAGGUUACUUAGAGCAUCCUUAUGGCGUUAGUCAUGUCAAGCUCUCGGUCACCUAUUUUGAAUAGGGGAAAACCUGUUGUAAGGUAUUAGGGUGUCUAUUACGUUUUAAGAGCGGAACAGGCCGCUCAGCUAUAUUUUGAACAGAGCCUGACCCAUUUUCCAAGGUUAAUCACAGUUUAUACAGCUAUACUAAAACAAAUCAGAAAAUAUAUUCCCUCUAAUAUUAAAACACUAAAGACAAUGCAUUUUUACUACUUCACUUGGCUCCUGCUGGCUCAUGUCCAGUCCACCCCACUGGGUUGUUGCUGUUUGGGGACCCGCCCACCAGAGCAGACCCUGGUCCCCUCCAAUAGCUGAGCUAGCCGUCACCCGACCCUGACUCAUCUUACAAGUGGGGAGGCUGAAACUCGGGGCGAUUCAGAGCAAUGGCCAGCAUCACCCCACUGCUAGCAGGGCGACAUGAUGCUAGGACAGGACCCGGGAGACUCCUUCAGAGCAGCCAGGGGCAGGCGGGGGUCGGCCCCAAGGGGCAAGACCAGCUCCGCCCAUUUGGGCGCACCUUUUCGGCCUCAGUUUGCCCACCUUUGCCGUGGGCAGAGGGACCACGCUGGCUUCUUUCUGCGCGCCUGUGCCCACCUGUGGCUUUGGGGCGGAGGCGAUGAGCCCUGAGUUGCACCGGGGUGACCCACCCUGGGGCCUCGACCUGGGCAGGGAGCUGGGGGCGUGGCUGCAGGUUCCGGACAGACAACGGGGAUGGGGCGGACCCGGGGGCGGGGCGGACCCGGGGGCGGGGCGGACCCGGGGGCGCCCGGACGUGCCCUGCCCGUGGACCCGAAGGUCUUCUCAUGCCCUUGCUCUGGGUGGACAAAGGGCCGCUGCAGUGUGGAGACUCGCGCAGACCCGCGCGUCCACGAUGAGCCACUCCAAGACAGAGGAUUUCCACAACCAGCGUCCGCUCAAAUUCGUGCUGCGCAAAGACGAAAUAACCGGGGACGAAUAUGACGGCCAGCUGCGGGUGGAGAUGAGCUGUGGCCACGCUGUGGACCCGGGGAGCCUGACAGCCUGGUGCCGAAGCCUGAUGGACCAGGGCCACUUCAAGCUAUGCUGCCCAGCUGACAUCAAUGGGGAGAAAUGCGGGGCCCAGUGGCCCUACCCAGAGGUCCGCCAGUGCGCAGUGCUGAAUGACACUGAGCAGUACCAAUUUGAGCAGAAACUGGCCCUGCUGGCAGCAAGAAGCUACUGUGAUUUUAAAGAGUGUCCGAGCUGCAAAAGCCUGGUGGAGAGGAAGGAGUUGACCACCAUCCGCGUUCUCUGCACGGUCUGCACCUCCACGCUGAGGGCCACCUACGAGUUCUGCUGGCAGUGCCUGCGGGCCUGGAAGGGGGCUGGGACGCCCUCUGACCACUGUGCCAACGUGGGUUGCAAGGACCCCAACCUGGAGGUCCUGGCCUCCUGCACCACCAAGGACCUCCCCGGCAGUGAGAUCUGUGCCUGCCCUUCAAUCCGGGCCUGCCCCACGUGCGGGCUGCUCAUUGAGCACAAGGAGAAGUGCAAGUACGUGGUGUGCUCACGGUGCCAGGUGGAGUUCUGCUUCGCCUGCCUGGAGCUGGCUCGGGCCUGCCAGGCCACCAAAGCAGGCGCCUGGUUUAAGUGUUGUGCAAAGCCCCUGGCCCCGCGGCAAACCCACAUCCCUGUGUGGAGCCGACAAGGUGGUGGGCUGUGGGGUGACGAAGUCAACACCGGUCACAGGGAGCAAAGCCACACUCCAACAGUGUGACAAGUAAGAAGGACAAGUUUACCCCAGGAGAAUAACCCGAGUUAUAUGAUUACGUGAGUGGUGACAGAGGAUACAUAGACAGAUAUAUAAACAGACAGGCUGAUAAAUGGUAGAGAUAUAGAUGAUAAACUGAUAGAUGAUAGAAAUAGAUGAGAGAGAUAUAAAUGGAUGGAUGGAUGGAUAGAUGAUAGGCAGACAGACACCUACAUAGAUACAUAGAUAGAUACAUAGUUACAUAGAUAUAUAGAUAGCUAUAUAGAUACAUAGAUAUAUAGAUAGCUACAUAGAUACAUAGUUACAUAGAUAUAUAGAUAGCUACAUAGUUACAUAGACACAUAGUUACAUAGAUAUAUAGAGAGCUAUAUAGAUACAUAGAUAAACAGAUGAUAGAGACAAAUAUUUGGAUGGACGAAUAGACGGACAGAUGGAUGGGUAGAUGACAGAUGACAAAAAGAGAUAUAGAUAGAUGAUAGGUAAAUAGAUAUAGAUGAUAGAGAUAUAGAUAGAUAAGAGACAGAUACACAGACAGCUAGAUCACAGAUCAAUAGAUAGAAAUUACAUUCGGAUGCACAGAAAAGCACUAGGACUGAUCCCAGACCCACGUGCAGGUAAACAGACCUACUCACAUGAUCGCAGAGCUCCAUGUCGUUGCUGAGAUCCACCUGAGCUCACCUAGGUACCAUCACCUAUAGGAGGAGCAUCAGGUGAAAAGGGGUCCCAGUGCAGUGAAUCUUGGGUUCUGAAACUGGUCCUGGGCUCUUGCUCAUGAGGUUCUUCAGGUGGGACCCCAGAGCCCACAGGGAGGGCUGAGCAUGGAGAGAUGGCAGUGGUGGUGGGGGGGCAGGAGCAGAGCCCAGAGCUGGGAAGCACAUGGGCCCCCCAGGCUGCCAUGUCCUCACAGCGGCGUGAUCAGGUCCAGACUCUGGGGCUGGCACCAGGGCCUCCCAGCUGCUCGGCCCCGGACCUGCUUGUCCCACAGCCACAAGGUGUCAUGUCCUGCACCUGCCUCUCCGGGCCCCCACACCCCCCAGUCUCUCAUCAGAAUUAAUCCCGUGUCCUUGUGGCACUCCUGGGCAGAGUCAGAUGUACCCGUGUCAGAACCCUCUCGGUCCUGGCUCAGGGCCCUGAGGUGUGGAGGCUCCUGGGUGGUGGAGGGGAAGAGCUGGUGACCGAAUUGGACCCAAGCAGCUCCAGGGCAAAGCCAGGGUCUGUCUGCCAUGACUUCUCCCCAGGGGUGAAGGACACUUUGUGGGGAGCCCUGAUCUGCUCACCCGGGAGAACUCAGGCCAGUGCCCAGCGUCCAAACCCAUGGGGCACGCCCAGCUCCUCCCCUUCCUGCCUGUGGCUUCUGUGGACCCCAGCUGGACUUGGGUGAUGGACGGGAUGGGGGACACUCGGCCCAGGACAGGGCAUUGAACUCUGGGUGGCUACGAAGCACCCCUAAGGCCUGGCUGACCAAGAAAUGAGGACCCCCAGCCUCUGGAACAAAGGCUCUGGCCUGGACAGGAGACCCCUAGACAGCUCUGACAAGACCCUGGCUCUGCCCUCCUCAGGUGGCCAUAAUGGCACUCUCCCACCCUGCCCCAGCUCCUCCCUGGGGUCCUCCUUCUGGCCAGCCCAGCCCCCACAUCCUGAGAGCCCUUCUCAGAAACUCCAGAGAAACAGAACUGAAACCACAGGGCAGCUGCCCUGCAGGGUGGGACCUGAGUGGGGUGGAGCACCCUAUCGCCCACCCCACAUCCGCCCCUGCAGGCCCUGUUCAUCCUGUGCCCCACCCCAGUCGAUCACGUAGUCCUGAGUAGGGGUUCAGACAUCGUCCUGCCGUGUACCCCUCCCCCUACAGCCCACCCUUUGGGGACCAAAAAACAGCCUGUCCUUGGCUCUUCCUGUCAUCUCUGAGGAGCCCUUGGUGGGGGGAGAAGGGUCUGAGCCGGGCCCCUCCCUCAGCUGGGUAUCCCCGCCCCAAAUGGGCCUAACUGGGCAAGAGUCCUUCAGGGCGCUGUGUGGGCAUGUCUUUGUCACAAUAAAACCCGUCAACCCCAGCUGGCCUCCCUCCUUCCUGUUCCUGCCACCAGUGAGCCUCCUGCCAUUGUGCUGUGUAUGGAAUCAAGAUGGCCCAGAGGUUUGACAGCGACACCCGGAAGUCUGCUGCUGUGGGGGAGGGGAGGUGCCAAGCACAGGAGGCUUCCUGCCAAGGUGGAUUCCUGGGAGCAUAUCUGGGGUCUCAGCAGUGAGGAGGGGCUUCUCUGCAUCCACCUCCAGCUCCAUCUCCAGACCUGCUCCAGAGGGAGGUGGAGGCAGGCAGGGCUCUCAGGGGAGCAGCUCAUCGAAAGUGAAAGGACCCAGAAGGCAGCCUCAGCCCCACCCUGCCAGCUGCUCACCAGCCCAGCCCCAGCCUGAGACGAGCAGUGGCUGCUCCCUGCCCCAGAGCAGCCUCAGCUCUGGUCAGUUCGUCUGUCCCUGGGUCCGUCCCUCCGUCCCAGGAGAAGAUGCUCUUCCAGGUGGUGGUGCACGGGCUGAAAGGCAGGGACACGGUGGUGGACGUGGCCACUUCUGAGGAAGCAUUCAAGCAGACCACCGUGAAGCAGCUGAUGGUGUUGGUGUCAGAAAAGAUGCUGCACAAAGAGUCUGAGGAAUUCACUCUGUUAUUUGCAAGUGAACGCCUGGACCCAGCAAAGACGCUGCAGGACUACUCCAUCAGAAACAAGUCCUGUCUCCUCAUCAUCGUGCAGCUGCCCGGAGGGGCCGGAGAGCCGGGCAGCUCUGAGCCUCUCGCUCUCUGGUGUCUAGAUGGGGCUGGGCAAUAAAUGGUCAGAGUCA